CGGCCUUCAAUGUGCUGUUGUCCGGCUGCGGACGGUUUCUCAGAGGGCUGCUGACAGGCCCGACCGUGACCAACUGGGCUAGGCCACCAGCCCGCGCGUUCAGGGAAGUGGUGGAGAUCCAAGAAGGGAAGACGACUAUAAAUGACUCAGCUACUCCUUCAGUGAGGCAGUGAGAAGGUGACACUUUCUGGGCCCUGGGCUCAGAGCUGGCGCCCUGGCUCAUCUGUUGAUUGAAGGCCGAAUCACAGGGACUCCCAAGGAAAGUCCAAAUCCCCCCAACCCCUCUGGCCAAUGCCCCAUCUGCCGCUGGAACCUGAAGCACAGGUAUACCUAUGAGAUGAGGCAAUUUGAGGCAUGGCAAAGUUAAUGCACUUGCUUCAGAUCACACAGCUUAGUAAGUAUCAGAGCUGGGAUGCACUCGGGGGUAUGAAACCCAGGCAGAGUCGCCAGUCGCAGCUGCUAGUCUGCCUGUGUCUGGAGAUGGGGCAGGCGUGGGGGAUGGACACAGCCCUGGAGAAAUACAUACUUGUCCUUCAGAGUUCUGCUGGUGACAUUAAGCACCCUAUUUUUAGGUUUCAGGUGAUUCAGGCUUUGGGCCAGUUUGACCUGCACGUUGUCCCUGUGCCCCUCUGUGGAAUGGGAUGACUAAGGGCAGAGAUCCUGGUCAGGUGGUGAGAGCAGGAAAGGCCACAUGCCCAUGGGAUCUGAACAGAACAACCCAAUUAAUCUCCUGGGCUGGGAGCCUUGGCCUCACGCCACCCCAGGGUAGGGGGUGGAGGUAUUCUUUCACCCUAUCCCCGCCCUUUUGCUGAUGGCCACUUGGAGUAACAGGGAACUUGGAGGACACAGGCAGUGCUCUCAGCUUCUUGUGACAUGGAAGUUAGCAGGGUCCUGGGCAUACCUAGAAUCCCAGCUGUGGAUGGGCGGUGGGGGUGGGGGGACCCACACCUGCCUGACCACUGCGGGGUACUCUUCCUACCAGCCGUUUCCAGGAAAUGGACUUGGCUCUGUUUAUCAAGCAGAAGAAAUCCAAUCCCCUCCAAGCUUGUUCCUGCCUGGCGCUUCGUUCAGAGGGCAUGGCAGAAGGUGGAGGGGCUCUCUGCAAGUCUUCUGGGCUAUGGAUGUUCUGUUGCUCAGUCAGUUCAUCCGGCCACAUGGGGGCAUGCUGCCCCGGAGGAUCACCGGGCUGUGCCAGGAAGAGCACCGCAAGAUUGAGGAGUGUGUGAAGAUGGCCCACCGAGCAGGUCUGCUCCCAAAUCACAGGCCCAAGCUUCCUGAAGGAUUUGUUCCAAAGACCAGACCGCGACUCAACAGGUACCUGACCCGCUGGUCUCCCCGCUCCGUCAAGCCCAUCUACAACAAGGGCCACCGCUGGAACAAGGUGCGCAUGGCCGUGGGGUCCCCCCUCCUGAAGGACAACGUCUCCUACACGGGCAGGCCUCUGGUGCUGUAUCACUGACGGAGCGCAAGGCCUCCUGAGACCUGGGCUCAUCCUGCACUCCCGCCCCAUCCCACCAGGGCAGCCCGGCUCCUCCCGGGCAGACGGCACGGGGGGCGGCAGGGCCUCUGCAGUGCCUGGGACCCGCCCCACCGUGGUGCUGGCAGCUGGGGGCGGACAGCUGUGGUGUCUGACCCUGUGCAGCUGCGGUGGUCUCACGACUGGCCGGGGCUCAGGGCUGGGGCACCGGCCGUCUAUCCCAAGGACUAUUAUAAACCAGGCUUGUGCUCA